AGUGUGUGGCAGCUCGCCUAUACCGAGUGUAUCGCGCAGCCAUUGUGCCAGGGGAAGAGCCGACCUGGCAGCUGACUGACGAGAUGGCGGCGGAGCCUGAGCAGAAGCAACAGCAGCAGCAGGGUUGACCCAGUUACAGUAGUGCAGCCGGGGAAAUAUACAGCCGUCGUGCCAGUGACCGUCGACGAGUGCGGUGCACCAUAAACCAGUCCAGGAGAGUGCGAUUGAGUUGGCCCUCUCUCUCUCCCGCCAGUGCUGUGUGCGCGUGCCUCACUCUCUCUCUCUCUCUCUCUCUCUCUCUCUCUCGCUGUCUCGUAGCGGAGGGCAGAUAUUUUCGCCAGGCGCGAGGUCAGCAAAAAGCAGCCGAAAUUCUGAGAAAACUAGAUAUCCGUGGAGCCCUGGCAGGCUCGAGCGGCUCCAGUAAGAUGGGCAACAAUGCCACGAGCUCGAACAAGAAGGUGGACGCCGCUGAAAGCGUCAAGGAGUUCCUUGAGCAGGCCAAGGAGGAGUUCGAGGACAAGUGGAAGAAGAACCCGACCAACACCGCGGCCCUCGAGGACUUCGACAGGAUCAAGACCCUGGGCACUGGCUCCUUUGGCAGGGUCAUGAUAGUCCAGCACAAGCCCACCAAGGAGUUCUACGCCAUGAAGAUACUGGACAAGCAGAAGGUCGUCAAGCUCAAGCAGGUCGAGCACACCCUCAACGAGAAGAGGAUCCUGCAGGCCAUAAACUUUCCCUUCCUCGUCUCUCUGCGCUUUCACUUUAAGGAUAAUUCGAAUCUCUACAUGGUGCUGGAGUACGUGCCCGGCGGAGAGAUGUUUAGCCAUUUAAGAAAGGUCGGCAGAUUCUCAGAGCCCCACUCCAGGUUCUACGCCGCCCAGAUUGUCCUGGCGUUUGAGUACCUGCACUUCCUCGACCUCAUCUACAGAGAUCUGAAACCCGAGAAUCUCCUCAUCGACUCACAGGGUUACCUCAAGGUCACAGACUUUGGCUUUGCCAAGCGAGUCAAGGGCAGGACGUGGACUUUGUGCGGCACGCCUGAGUACCUUGCACCCGAAAUCAUUCUCAGCAAGGGAUACAACAAGGCGGUGGACUGGUGGGCCCUGGGUGUCCUGGUCUAUGAAAUGGCUGCAGGCUAUCCGCCCUUCUUCGCCGACCAGCCAAUUCAAAUCUACGAGAAGAUAGUCAGUGGGAAGGUUCGUUUUCCCUCGCACUUUGGCUCCGAGCUCAAGGAUCUUCUGCGCAGCCUGCUCCAGGUGGAUCUGACCAAGAGGUUCGGCAAUCUCAAGGCUGGAGUCAACGACAUCAAGGGACACAAGUGGUUCGCCAGCACCGACUGGAUCGCAGUCUUCCAGAAGCGAAUUGAGGCGCCCUUCAUACCCAGGUGCAAAGGACCCGGGGACACUAGUAAUUUUGACGAUUACGAGGAGGAGGCAUUGAGAAUCUCGUCAACGGAGAAGUGCGCCAAGGAGUUUGCUGAAUUUUGAAGGGUCUGCAGACCGCAAGGUUAAAAGCCAACAUCAGCUGCUUAUAGCUGGACCCAUCGAGGAGCUGCAGUAUGGUGGAUCCCAGGCAUCGUGCCAAAGUGUGCGUCUGGCCAAUAGACCCGGGCGCACCUUUGAGCAAAUGCAAGAAUGAGAGAGCGAGAGUGACCUAGGAGAGAAGGAAUAUUAAAAUCCCACUCACCCAGUGAUUCUUCAUCGACGACGAGGGACUGUUACAUUCUCCUAGGUUGUGUUCUGUCACCCUUCCCCAAAAAACCCUUUUUAGGCAAUUCCUAUGGGUAAUACAAAGCUUAAGUGUUGGAGGUGCCGCACGAAGAGAGAAGAGAGUGAAGGUGAUCAAGUCCUAUGGAAGAUUGAUGUAGAAGGAGAGCAAAGUGCAGUGUGGAACCAUGAAAUUUCCUACAGACUCUUAGUAUUCUUGUUGCCGAUUGUGGACUUGCUUGUUGUUAAAAAAAAAUAAAAA